AUGAUGAGCGAACAUUAUGUGGAAUGUCGUGCAUUACCAACAAUAAACGAGACAUUUCCACAAUUUAGUACAAGACCACCACAACAACAACAGCAACCUCACCAGCCAGCAACAGCCGCAUCGGCAACAACAACUACCGCAGGAAUAACUAGAAAUAAUUUAAUACUUUCACCACUAGAUUUAUCACUGCGAGCUGGAGUUAAUAUUGUGCCCAUCACACCACCCUCAACACCUUCACCACCCCGAAAACGUCCAAGAUUUAUGUCAGACGAACAUUAUUUGUGGCGUCCGCAUGUCAUGGGAACAACAGUAGCACCUGAAGCAACAGCAUUGAACACCACCACCACAACGGCACAUCACAACUUUUUACACACAAUGACCUACACAAGACGUGGAGAAUUAACCUCCGCCGCCUAUGGUUUGAAUGAUGAGUCCUCGUACAACACAGCGACGUCAGCGGCAGCAACAACACAAAGUUUCAAUAUUGACGACAACAAUAAAGAAAUAAUCAACAAUUUUGGUGAAAUAACAAAGAGUCAACGAAGCGGAAGUACUUUAACAAUAGAAGAGUAUCAACGCCACAACCAUCACCAGCGCCACCAGCAGCAUCAGCAGCAGCCCCAACAUCAUAGAGAUAUGGCAACUAUUUAUGUGGAUGAUGAAACAAUUGUGUUGACCGAAGAUGAGGAUGAUGACGAAGAGGACGAGGAAGAGGAUGAAGAAAACGAGGAAGAUGAGGAAAAUGAAACACUUUUGAGUUCUCAAGAGCUAAACGAAGACGAUGAAACUAAUGAGCCACCACAUAAAUCAUCCCAAAGUCCACAAAGCUCACGAAAUGAAAACCUCAAUUCACAGACACAAGACAACAGCAAUGCUGAUGCAGACGAGGAGGAAGAAUAUGUUGACAUUUUAGGUAAUGAUGAUGAUGAUGACAUAAAUCCUCUGUCUGCCCGGGCCAUCACAAUGUUGCGUUUACAAAGUCAAGCGGAUUUAGAACAGGAGUUGGAAAGGACCGGCAACGUAUUAACACGCAAUAAGUUGAUCUAUGAAAAUGAACAAUUACACAAUCGUGCAGUCGAUGGUCUGGCCAAAUUAUUCGAUAGAGAUUUUCAGCCGCGUCAACAGGAAAGCCAGGAAAACUUAGAUAAAGGCAAAACCUACAUAGAUUUAACUAAUUACCAGAAGAGCAAAGAUAAUACGUUUAUGUCAUCCACCCCCCUGCAUCCAGAUAAGGAACAACAACAACAAUUUAUGCCAGCCACGUCAAGACCUUAUAAGACUCACAAGACCGAACGUAAACGCAUGAAAUUACGCAAACACAUGUCGUUGGAUGAAGAAACUAUUAGUCCUGUUUCGGGCACCAUUAUACGUAAAUUGCGUGAUGAUGAGGAGUUGGUGGUGCGUAAGGGUGACAUUGAUCCAGCCUUCAAUGUGGUCGAGGUUACAGAAGAGGCUAAGGCGAUUUUGGCCAGUAUAGAUAAUAAGAUUGGAGAGUAUUUGUGUCAACUAUGUCGCACAUUGUACGAUGAUGCCUUUAAGUUGGCUCAACAUCGGUGCCCACGGAUUGUGCACAUUGAGUACAAGUGUUCGGAAUGUGAGAAGGUUUUCAAUUGUCCAGCAAACUUGGCCUCACAUCGACGCUGGCAUAAACCCAAAUCCGAACUCUUAGCCAACAGUCAAUCCAAAAAGAGAGCGCAUGCCGAACGUAACGCACAAUCGGGCUCUAAUAACUCGGAGAAAAUUGUGUUGGAUGAUGGAGUUGAUGGCAUAUUUCCCUGCAACCAAUGUGGCAAAACAUUCCGACGUCAUGCCUAUCUCAAAAAACAUCAGGCCUCACAUCAAAUGUUGGAGAAUCUCAAAUCGUUGGAUAUUUUUAAAAAUUCCACAACAACUUCAGCAACAUUCCAGCCUUCAAAUGCAGCACAUUUGAGUAAUACAACUCUACCCUCGGCACCCAGAUUACAACCGAAUCCCCUUUAUCCACCUCUGCAACAUCCACGACCUUAUCCCGCACGUUUUGCUGGAUUUCCAUUUCCCACACCAUUCGACCAUCGACGUUUCUAUACGUUAGGGGAGUUUUAUCUGUCUCAGCAGCUGGAACGUUCUUCGGCCUUCCAGUAUGUACAGGCGAAUCAUUUGCGUAAUUUAAGUAAUGUUGCUGGUAAUUUCAUUAACAGACCAGUGGUGCCUUCACCCAUUAUACCGCUGCCGGUGAAAUGACAAAAUAUUUUACGUCCUGUACCAAGAAUCGCCCUGACAUCAACGGUUACAGCGACCACUUCAAUCAGCCAGGAAAU